GAUAAACCGUGCGCGGGCAACAUGGGACGAGCAGACGGCCGUCCCCGCUGCAGCCGACAUGUGGUCCUCCGCCUGCUUAGCCCUGUUCGUGUGCGGACUAGGCCUAGUGGCCGCCGAUACGCCCGCCAACUGCACGUACGACGAGACCCGGGGGUGGUGGACCUUCACCGAAGGACCUCGCCUCGGCGAUAGAAGCAUACGCUGCGACAACUGGACUCCAGGUAAAGAUGCCACCAAGGUACGAGUGUUUCUGGAAUUCCCGAACUUGGCCACUGACGAACUUGGAAACCGAGGAACCUGGACCCUGAUCUACAACCAGGGCUUUGAAGUUGUGAUAAAUUUCAGAAGGUACUUCGCCUUCUCCAACUACAGCCAGAGCGAGAGCUUCUGCAGCAGCACCAAGGCCGGAUGGGCGCACGACAUUCUGGGUCACAACUGGGCAUGCUUCGAAGGACACCGAGAAGAGGAAGCCCAUCGAGGAAAGCCGCUGCAGGCUGCUCCACCCAGGCGGGAGAUUGGCGACGCCGUGGACCCUUUCAACAGCGAGGAGUUCGUGGUGCUCAUCAACAAGGCACAGAGAUCUUGGACGGCCAAGGUGCACGAGCCGUUCCGGGGCAAGACCCUCAACGAGAUGAUGAGCAUCCGCGGUGGGCACCGCAACAGAAACUUCAGGAAUCCGCCACCAGCAGCUGUAACCGAGGAGCAGCGGAAGCUCGCCAGUGCGCUUCCAGAGGAGUUCGACUGGAGAAAUGUCAGCGGCGUCAACUACGUCUCACCCGUCCGCAAUCAAGGUUCCUGCGGUAGCUGCUACGCCUUCUCAUCGAUGGCCCUGCUGGAGUCCAGGCUACGCAUCGCAACCAACAACAAAGUGAAGCGUGUUUUCUCGCCUCAAGAUAUCGUCUCCUGCUCGCCCUACUCACAAGGCUGCAGCGGAGGCUUCCCGUACCUAAUCGGCGGCAAGUACGCGCAGGACUACGGCGUCGUGGACGAAACGUGCAACCCUUAUACAGGACGAGACGGGCCCUGCAAGACGAACCCCAACUGCACCAGGCACUACGUGGCCAAGUACCGAUACUGCGGUGGAUACUACGGAGCCUCGAACGAGGAAGUGAUGCGAUUGGCGCUGGUGCACGGAGGCCCCAUCGCCGUGGGCUUCGAGGUGUACCCGGACUUCCAGGCGUACUCUGGUGGCGUCUACCAGCACACUACGCUGCACCGGCAGCUGGGCGCCCCGUUCGACCCGUUCGAGCUGACCAACCACGCGGUGCUCGUGGUCGGCUACGGCUUCGACGAGCACUCGCAGCUGCCCUACUGGACGGUCAAGAACUCCUGGGGACCCGAAUGGGGCGAGUCCGGCUUCUUCCGCAUACGCCGCGGUAACGACGAGUGCGGCAUCGAGAGCCUGGCCGUCGAAGUCGAGCCCAUACCCUGAAUAAA